AUGUUGUUCAAUGCCAUUGGUCUGGCUUCACUCUUUUUUGUUUCUUUCUGUCAUGCUCAGAUAAAUCGAUGCCCAACGUCCGAGGAGCAAAUUUUGACCAACGACGGUUCUAUAUAUGCUAUCUGCCAGCAGACAGACUACCAGGGCGACACAACCAGAUUUGUUGGCACUGUCGCGACCUUGGCGGAUUGUGUGAAGGCCUGCAAUCAAGAUUCUCAAUGCAAACAAGCCGUCUAUGAUAAGACUGCUUUCGGAUGUCAUCUCAAGGCCACCAGUGGCUUAGUAUGGGUCCAGAAUCAAGCUUUCACUACCAUCAGAUUCAUUUCCAACCCUUCACAAGGAUCAGUUGUUACCAGUUGCCCAGCUGGUGAGACGAACAUCACAAGCACCACUGGAUCGGUCAUUGCAGUGUGCCCAAACACUGACUACGAAGGCACCACCAUCGACGCGGUUGGGGGUAUCACGUCAUUUCAAGAUUGUUCUGCCGCUUGUGAUAGAAACACUCAAUGCUCGCAAGCUGUCUUCCAAAAGUCAACUUCUCAGUGUUAUAUAAAGGGCGAAGCGAAAGAUCUUCGCUGGGUCUACAAUACAGGCUUUGACACUAUUCGUACACUGGCGAACGUAACACAAUCCCCAACAGUCGCUAAGAUGGGGAAAUGGUCAAACAUCAUUCCGUUCCCCAUCAUCCCUGUGGCUGCAUAUGUUGUGCCUGCUGAGCCUUCAGCAAGCAGGCUUCUGGUGUUUUCAUCUUGGGGGGAUCGAGCGUUUUCUGGACCCACAGGUAUAACUCAAUUUGCUGACUAUAACUUCCUCACGGGAGCCGUCUCGCGUCGCACUGUCACCAACACCAAACAUGAUAUGUUUUGUCCAGGAAUCAGUUCUCUCUCAGAUGGACGAAUUGUAAUCACUGGAGGUAAGGAAAAUGCAGAGGCAGUGAGCAUUUACAAUCCAGCCACGAAUGCGUUCUCCCGAGCUGCCGACAUGAAAAUUGCGCGCGGCUACCAGACUUCAGCAACUUUGUCUGACGGACGAAUUUUCACCAUAGGCGGCUCGUUCACUGGACCUUUAGGCGGCAAAACUGGUGAAGUAUAUAAUCCGACGAACAACCAAUGGACAUUAUUGCAAGGCACAGACCCAGGGCCCCUUUUAACCAAAGACCGAGAAGGUAUUUGGCGGGAAGACAAUCACGCUUGGUUGUUCGGCUGGCGCAAUGGAUCUGUCUUUCAAGCAGGUCCUAGUAAGACCAUGCACUGGUACUACACUGCAAACCAGGGUUCAGUAGCACCCGCAGGAACAAGGACGACCGAGAUGGAUCAGAUGUGCGGUGUCAACGUUAUGUAUGACGUGGGUAAGAUCCUUUCUGCGGGUGGCAGCCAAGAUUACACAGAUAGCGCUGCCACAAAGUCUGCUCACCUCAUUUCCAUCACUGAUCCUGGCGUUCCGGCAACAGUCGAGAAGGUUCAAGAUAUGGCAUGGGCCCGUGGCUUCGCAAACGGUGUCGUCCUUCCUGACGGGAAAGUCAUUGUCACCGGUGGGCAGCUGCGUUCUCAAGUCUUCACUGAUGUUGACUCUGUUCUGGUACCAGAGAUGUUUGAUCCAUCAACAAAGUCAUGGACGCAGCUCGCACCCGCAGCAGUGCCUCGAAAUUACCACUCUGUGAGCAUUCUGCUGCCAGACGGCACUGUGUUUGUUGGAGGCGGAGGUAUGUGUCCAGCGGCACAAGGCGACAACCUUGACUGGUGCGAUCGUGCAAAAGAUCAUUUCGAUGGAGAGGUCUUCUCGCCCCCGUAUCUCUUCACUGCAGCGGGCACGCUUGCUCCACGCCCGACCAUUUCGUCUAUCUCGGCUUCGAAGCUCAUUGUCGGUGCCACAGUCACUGUGUCUCUUGCAAACAACGUAGCGGAUGCGACUUUUGUCAUGGUGAGGAUGGGCAGCGCGACACACAGCAUCAAUUCUGAUCAGCGCCGCGUCCCAAUCACGAACGCCCAGAGGAACAGUGCCGGGGCUUACACACUUCGUCUCCCUAAUGACUAUGGCGUAAUGAUUCCUGGCCCAUGGUACCUCUUCGCGAUGACCAAGAAUGGUGUCCCCAGCGUUGCAAGGACCAUCUAUGUGCAGAAGUAA